AUGUUGGACACGGCCGCCUAUUUCGUCGCGCGCAGCUUCGCUGCCGACGUCCAGAGAGCAGCGGCUGAAGCUUCUCAGACGGGGAGCCCCUGGAUGAAGAGAAUACAAGCUGACAAGGAGAGCAAGGCCUUCAAGGAAUGCGUCUCCUUAGAGUGA